AUGAGUUCCAAGCGGACGGUACGCUCCUAUUCCGCCAACGGCCGCUAUUCUCUGGACAUCAAGGAAGAUGAUGAGCCUCCUGCCAGGGGGGAGGCCAGCCGUAACUACUUCCUCAAUGUUCGACCUGAGAACAGGCAAACGUUUUGUAACAUCAUCGCUCAGAUAACUGAAGAGACCCAGCCAGGAUUUGAAACCACAUUGAAGUCCCGUGCGGUAUCUGAGGAUACUGAUGUGAAGUUUACCUGCACAGUUACAGGUCACCCAGCACCAGAGAUCACUUGGUACAAAGAUGACAAGGAGAUGGAUCGCUACUGCGGCCUUCCCAAAUAUCAAAUAUUCCACUACGGAAGAAAGCACUCACUUCACCUGUAUAAGUGUACAGAAGAUGACGCAGCCAUUUACCAAGCUUCAGCCCGCAACAGCAAGGGCAUCGUGUCCUGCUCUGGCAUCCUGGAGGUUGGCCAAAUGAACGAAUACAAGAUUCACCAGCGAUGGUUUGCCCGACUGAAGCAGAAAGUGAGCAGCAAGAGGCGCGAGCUGGAGGAGACACGGACCAGGGGGAAGGAGAACGUGGCGUUCGCGGCCAACGCUCCUUACCACGACCUCCUGAGGACGGUGAGCCCAGAGAGGGCCCAGAGGAAGCGGAAAUCUCAGGGGGCGGACGGCGUCGAGUCACCCGACUCUCUGAGGAACAGCGAAGAUUUGGUCAAAGUCCACAUUCCCCAUCAUGAAGUGGCUUUGCACACAAACAUGGCGGAUGCACCAAGAGGGGGUGCAACGAGCAAGCCCCCACAGCCUUCAGCGCCCGAGAUUCAGAACGGUUACUUGAUGGGUCCCCAAGGGAAACCACCCGUGAGUAAUUCAGUGGAGGAACCGGUGGAAAACGGCAUCUCCUUCCUGAGUUAUUCCGACCAAGCGACUGAGCGUGUGGUACCCCAACCCAGAGGAAAGGAGUUUGCAGCGAACAAGAAGAAGAGGAGGCUCUCGAAGGAAGAGGGCGAGGCACUGUCGGUUGGAAAAGCCGAGGGAAGCUCAAGGAGAGAUGAAAGUGCCCAGAACGGGAUUGAUGGGAACGAGGGCCUCCCGGAAACUUUGAGAGGGAAUGCGUCACGUGGCGACCCCCAACCUGUUAAAUCCAGGGAUCGCAUGGAGAUCGAUGAGCAGGCUUCAUCAGUGACUCUAGGCCAGUGGCAGCCCUCAGCAGUGCCUUCAAGCCCAGCCACUGAGGACAUUGAAGUGACCCAUUCCACCGAUGAUGCAACGUUAGCCAUUGGCCAAGAGCCAGUGUAUUCCAAUCUCCAAACACCUGUCAGAGAUAUGUAUUUCUCCAUGAAAGAUAUGUUCUUUGAAACCAUUCAGGAACCUGAGAUGCAGCCACAAUUACCUCAGGCCAAGGAGACUAUGGGCCAAGCUAGUGCCCAGGAGCAGAUUAACCCUCAGGAGGUAGGUUCUACUGAGAGAGUUGACCUUCCGCCCUUAAUUGAUGUGAUGCUGAGAGGUGACCCCGAUCAAGCUGAGGAAUCCGAGGACAUGGGAACAGCCAGGAUUGAGAUGGAUAUCGAGGUGCCCUGCCUCCCUUCCGAAAUCCAAAAUCAAAGCGCACCUGACAAUGACGUAACCAAUAGCAUGUGGCAGUCCUCCGGAGAUAGGGAGUCCAGCCACAGCAGGGACUCCCUGAACGGUGGUCCACCUCACGUGGACCCAUCCAAGGCUCAAGAUGGCUCCCUUUCUCCCCCCUGCAUUUCUGAGGCAGUAGCGCCACCUGCUGUCCAGCCCUUGUACCCAUUGGCAGACAUCGUUCGUCCUGAGGAGAAGGGAAAGGCGUCACCUUCACCUCCAACGGUGGAGGCCGAACCCGUGGCUGAAGGCCUGAAGCCAGCAUCGCCACGGAAACAACCAGCAUCAGGCACGCUUGCUGAGGCUGCGGAGUGUAACAAGCAGACACAAUAUGACAUCUCACCCGUUUCGGAGAGUACUGGUGAUAGUGUUUGUUCCUUAAACAGUGAGUGGGAGAAAUUAGAUUUCCUGAGCACCUCUGAGCCCACAGACAUCUCAGAUGAGCCCCGCACGCCCGAGACCACGACGUCGGAAGGCACGCAGCCGGAACUGAGAGAUUCCACCGACGAGGAUGUGCACCUGCCCCCAAGUGACGUGGAAACCCUGUCGACUGUAGAAAGGAGAGAUCAGCUCGUUCAGCCCGUCUACCAGCACGUUCUGGCCCUUCAGACAGGUGCUCAGGCAGUGGAGCUCACCGGUGCUGCUCCUGCAGGCGAUCAGCUCCCAGUGUUGGACGUGUCUGGGCCUAGCAGUGCUGUGGGUAGUGUGGACCCUGAAGAGAGCCUCCCAGUGCCACUUGUGGGAGGAAUCUUUACCGAUUUAGCGUUGCAUUUAGUUCAGGAUCGUGAUGCUGAGGCCACCUCCUCUACAGACAGUAAACCAUCUGAGGAAGCCAUUGCCGAGGGCAACGAUGAGUUUCUGAAGGUUGACCGUGUGGAGGAAGCAGCAGCUGAAGAGCACGUGCAUCCCAAUGUCCCCUCCGACAGUUUCGGUGUGCACUUGGUAGAAGUGUUCCUAUCCUACUUAAAGAUUCCCAGAUUCCUAUUGGGUGACAAGCCCCCUCCCGGCGAUGUUGGCAAACCAGAGGCAACGCCAAAUGCCCCAGAGAUUGUGGAUGCGAGCUCACAGACCGAAGGUCCCAGAGCCCUGGGUGUUACAGACCCGAAUAAGGCACAGCCUUUGGAGCCAUUGUUAGAGCAAGACAUUGCCCAUUCUCUGCCAAUCGUUCCUGAAGUUUGCCAGGUUUCUGAAGGGCUCAUGUCUGCUAGACCUCAGGCAGGGACAGAUGAUGGCUGUGCCACACUGUUGCCCAACACUGAGGAAGAAUUCAGUCCAGAAUCGACAUCCCUCGGCGAACCUUCCACAGAGAUGGGCGCUAAUCCUGACCUCUUUGCCGUCAUGCCACCAAGCACUCCCGAACCCAGCCUCCCCACUGCCCUCCCGGGCACACCAUCAUCUCUACCCCUGAGAAAUUCCAUGACAGAGCAGCCUCUGGGAGAGCCAGGCCUUAUCUGUACGGGGUUGAAUUUAACUGAGAUGCCAAAAGAUCUCAAAGUCCCAGGUACGUUUACUUUGCUGGAUGUCAGUAGGCUUGAUGAUGCUGGGGAAGGGCAAGGUAUGACUGGUUUAUCAUCCACUGAAGAUGAACCUGCCAAAAACACAGCUCCAUGUCCGGAGGGAAUGACAGGAGAGAGGAGUGUGGUGGAGAUCGACUCUGGACAUGGAAAUAAUCUCUUAGAAGUGUUGUGCAUUCCAGAUAGUGAAGUGAUACCUGUUCCAAAACCAAUAGCAGUAAGUACUGAUGUUGUAACGUCAAAUGGUGACACACAGAGCACAAAAAGUGUCUCCAAUACCCACGUGCCUGAAAUUAGCCAAGUGCCAUCCAUCGUAGUGGGCACUAAGGUCUUUAAGGAUGAGGCAGCAGCAAAGAUUGAGGAUGAAGAGACCCUCCAGAAGGACGAGACAUCAGUGCCCCCUCUGCCAGCCUCAAGCCUCAGGAUGACACUCAGUGAUAGCACGUCCACUAUCCCAUCAGCCACUCCGGCAGAGCUGGCCGCUGGCGCUCGCCGCAAAAUCUUCCUGCCCCGCUCCAAGAUGCCGGACGAGGGAGGCACGGACUACCUGGACGAGGGGCCGAGUCCAUUCCUGUCGGCGCCCAGGAGGAGUGGGGCCCUCCUGCAGGCCCCUGUUGCCACCCAGCAGGCAGCACCCUCGGAGCGACGCUCGCCAACAACACCACGCAAGAUGGCCACCCUCGAAGUGCCCAGGUUUCACGGGGAAGCCGAGGAUCAAAAUGGGAGCUCCCUGACGUCCAAAAUGAUGAUGACCAAAGACACCAAAGCUGGCUCGGUUAAAAGUGAGGUGAAAACUGAAGAGGGCAAACCGACAAAGAAUAUCUUUAAAGCUCCCCAGGUGAUCCGGAAGAUCAGAGUGGAGCAAUAUUCUGACGCCACUGGGAAUCUCAAACUCUGGUGCCAAUUCUUCAACAUCCUGAGCGACUCCACCAUAAUGUGGCAAAAAGAUGGCGUUCACUUGGACAAGUUGAAACAGAGCGCUGGGGACGAGAGCCAAGUGUCUCUGGCAAUUGUACAGGCCUCAGUGAAGGACCAAGGGGCGUACAGGUGUGUCGUGGAGAACGAGUAUGGCUCUGACGCCACUGAUUUCUACCUCAGCAGUGAGGUGUUGUCGGGAUUUAAUUCGAGGGAGGAAAUUGAAGUGGGUGAAGAGAUUGAGAUGACGCCUAUGUUGAUCACCAAGGGUCUCACUGAUGCAGGGUUCUGGGGUAACAAACUCUUUGGCAGAAUAAUGAUGAAGGAGCUGCACUUUGGCGAUGGGGUUCAUCAUAAAGCCAGCAGGGUAAAGGUCAUCUAUGGGUUGGAACCAAUAUUCGAGUCUGGAGCCACGUGCAUUAUCAAAGUGCAGAACUGCAUUUCUUACGGGACCAAAAAAGAAAAUAGCCUUAUUGCAAGAAACCAUGACAUCAUGAUGCAGUGUAUGGGUCAGGCUGGGAGUAACACGGGUGUGUUGGAGGCUGCAAUUUCUAACCUGGCCUCUGCUUCCACCAUUUCCUGUAGCAGUGAGUUCCACACCCUCGCCACUCUGUGCUCACCUCGAUGGGGAUAG